UCAUGAGAAGAUGCCAUCUGUCGUUGGAAUGGAGAACUACGAAGCUAACGUCAUAACAACGGGCGAAGUUUAAUUAGAAAACUUCAUAUCCGGCAUUGAAGGCAGCUGAGUCAGCUCGCUAGAUUAGGAGCGAGCGACCGGAAUACCGAUAUAGAUGGCGCCAGGCACGAACUCGUCGGGCGCCGCUUUCGCGCACGCUGAGCGCCGGCCAUACGGACGUCAAUACAAACAACAAGACUACAAACGAAACGAGAACGUUACGUAUAUGUACAGCUUACGACGACAAGCGCAGCCAGUAGACAGCAGAGCUCAGUUUGCGCACUCUGCUUGUAUUUAGAGGUUGAGCGUGCACCCACUUGACUUGGGGAGAUAUCGUUAUCGCGUGUUCGGAUCGGAUCAUGACUGAUUUGUGCUGUUUAUUCUGGGGAACUCUUGCAAUAGUUUUUUAUACAGUGAGUGAACGCGUUCCGAAUAUUAGGUUUAUAUAGUUCAACGAUUCUUAGUAGUCGAAAUACAAUAUCAAAGUGUAAGUGUAUGUAUACUCAUCUCGUCCUGAUAAAAAUGUGCGCAUCUGUCGUUUCGAUUUGUUUAUGUUUACACAAUCCAGAGCUCGAACUUCAGCUCCACCAAGGACCUGUCUCAGUCUGCAGGACAUAAUUAAAACAUCGUAUUCGACAGUAAGAGUUUUUGACGGGGAGAUCAACUUGUUGCCUUUAAAAAUGCCUUCAUUUAGUCAAGAAAUUAACGUGGAUCUCAAUUCCAACGAGAAAGACACCCUGAAAAAUGAGCUAAGCGAAGAGAAGACGAACGGGGAUAGUAGAUUUGUGCCCACCGAUCGAGGUUCCGACAGCGUUCCGGAGGGACUCAAUACCGACCAACGUCUCGCUUUCGCCUUAAGGGAUUUUCUCUCGGGAUCGUCAAAUGCAGUCAUUAGUGACAGUGAGGGUGAGCCAUCCCCUAUGGCCUUGGAGCACGGGUUACCAUUUAUAGAUGAGCCGAUUGAAUCUGAAGACGUGACGCAAUCGGAUGAGGAACGGCCUGCGUGCAGAGAAACGGAGGAGGUGCUCAACAACGCAGCCUGUCGGCUUAGGCGGUGGCGUGCCGCCUCGCGGAAGCUGAGGCGGCCUAGGAUCAUUGACAAUUUGUGUGGGAGUGAGGACAGGAAGGGUAGCAAGUCGUGUAAUGGUGGGCACACGGACCUGGCGGACCGGCUGCGGAGCCUGGCGGUGGCGGGCAGCAUGUCGGCGUCGGCAGGCGAGUUGCUUUCGCUAGCGCCGCCGCCGCCGGCCGCCACCGCACCGCCUUCGCCUGGCUGCUUGCUCUCACCAUCGCUGGCCGACCAAAGUUCUGCCGAAUACUUUGGCUCAAGUCCAGAAUGCUGUGUGGACAGCGGCGGGUUGGAGAGCAGCGCGCCGGGCCCGCCCCCCGGGCCCCGCUACAAGCUGGCCAGCGAGGGGUCCCUGCGGGUGUGCUCCUUCCAACACACCCGCACCGUCGUCGACAAGAUCCUCGCUGCCAAGUUCCUGCGGCGCUGGGAGACGCACGUCCUCUGCCUGCAGGAGGAGCAUAUAGUUUCUAAAACGCCGUCCGGCAUGCUAGAGCGGCCGCUGCCCUACAGCAGCAUGCAGGAGGUGUACUGCAUAUCCCGGUGGGACACCGCUAGGAAGUACUGCCUUAGGAUCGUCAUGCCCCACGGGUCGCUGCUUUUUCAGGCCAGCGACGCGUACACGAGGGACCAGUGGUAUCACUCCAUUGUAUGGCGAAGAAAUAUGAUAAGAUAUCGCAACAUCCUCACGAAGAGUGAUCGAAAGGAGGUUGUUAUGAAGGAAUUGAAGAACAUGGUGGAUUUCGCGAUGACGACCCCCUUGCAGGACGAGAGUGUGACGCGCGCGCCUCUGCAGACACUGACCGACCUGCUGUCAGAGAAAAAGGAUUGUCCCGAGUGGGAGCAAUGGGCAGAGAAGGCGAGCAUGGUAGCGGCACCUCUGCUCGCCGAGCGCUGCGCGAGCAGCGAACUGUGCGCGUUGCUGGCGCGGCUGUGCCGCCUGCGGCCGCGCGCGGCGCCGCUGCCCGCGCUCGCGCCGCCCGUCCGUCGCGUGCUCACGCGCAACGUCGACUUCGCGAGAGCGCCCAACGCCCGCCGACUCGUCAGAGAUUAUAUUAGUGCUGUAAGCUCCCACAACUCGGGCGCGUCGCUGGUGCGGCGGUUCGUGGAGGUGACGCACGGCGGGCGCGCCGCGUGCCCGCACCCGCGCGCGGCGCCCAACCUCGCGGCCGUCGCGCUGGCCGCGCUCGACGACCGCUUCCGCGACCAGCCCGAGCCGCAUCGCUGCGACGACUCGGAGGACGACGUCUUGUGCUUUGCUGAUAUCUUGGAACACAUGUCAGAAUACGAAGACUGGCUAGUAGUGGUGGGCGGCGUGCUGCAGCCGGUGCCGCUGAGCGGCGGCGCGCUGCGCUGCCCUCGCGUGGCGGCGCGGCUGGCGGGCGUGCUGCGCGCGCUGGCGCGGGACGGGCGCUGCGCGGCGCACGGCAGCGUGGCGGCGGCGCCGGCGCGCGCCAUGCGCCCGCACCCGCCCCAGUGGCUGCGCGCCGCCUCGCCCGCAGACCCCGUGCUGGCGCUGCCGCACGACCACCUGUGUCAGCUGUGGGGAGACAUGGUUGGUAGUUUAUUGAAAUGCUGCGGAAAGAGAAAAAGUUUUCUGCAAAGCAUGAGCAAGCAACUACCAGACUUCGUUCUAGUCGCUUUAACUGAACACCCUGCAGCCCUAGAAGCUCUCUGCCUCAUGCUGGAGUGGGAGGUGGCGAGCGGCGAGCAGACGCAGCUGGAGAUCAUCGCGGCGCUGCAGGGCACCGACCUCGGCCAGAAGUAUUACAAGGAUCUUUGCGAGCGGCAGAAUAAUCUGCAGAGAUUGCAAGCAGAGGGUGGACCGCGACGGUUAGCUUUGCCGGUGCGCGCGACCGACGAGGACGUGGCAGCGCUGCUUGAAGCUGGCGCGCUCGGCAACCUCGAGUGCCUCUCACUCGCCUUCACCAGCGUCACUAGCGCCUGCGCACACCACCUCAUCAAGCUGCCGUCGUUACGAUACCUGAACUUAUGGGCAACUCAAUUCGGAGAUUCUGGAGUUCAGCUUAUCGCGGAGCACCUGCCACGACUGCAGGUCCUCAACUUAUGUGAGACACCUGUCUCUGACAAGGGCAUUGAAGCACUCUCAGCUCUGACCAGCCUCCGUCGCCUGAACCUGAACAGCACGCGACUGUCGGCCGAGGCGUUCGCGGCGCUGCGCGAGCGGCUGCCGGGCCUGCAGGAAUACGACAUCCGCUACACGGAGGCGUGGUGACAGCGGACCUCGCCUCGCCCCUCCACAAGCUCCAACAACACCAUCAUAUAAGCUUCACUCGAUCUCAGAUGUACUUUACAAACGAAUUAAUCUGACUACCAAUCACUGCCGAAACAGGCUGUAAUACAACCAGCAUCAAAUAACAGAGGUGUGUUACUAUCCUACCUAAUUAUAUUACUUAGACCACUUAGGCUUUCAAUAAUCUAUUUGAUGCUGACUGUACCUACAAUUGUCUAACUAAAGCAAAUGCUAAAUCGAUUGCAACUAAAAGUUUUGUUUACAAAUAAGUAUAGGUAAUUUAGGAGUUUGGUUUGUUGAUUUAGAGAUUAAUGCGUUUGUAACCUGCAAUAAAUAAUCACAUUUUUCCGGUUAUAUGGUAAGUAAGUAUCUAUAUUUAGGUCGAAUACUAAAUAUGUUUGUCCUUUAACCUUUUGAACGCCACAGACGGCAAUUGACGUCAGCGCAAGAUCGUGACAACGACGCCAAAGACGGCAUUUGACGUCGAUCGUUUUUUGAUGAAAAUCUACUUAAAAACACCCCACUUUUAGGUUGGCAUUAUUUAUUCGCAAAACUAAAUUUUACCCCCGUGGCGUCAGUGGCACGGCAAAUGGAUGCGCCGUUUGGCGUUCAAAACGUUAAAAACUUAAUGCCAAUAGGUAUCUAGUUUUAUAGUUGGACAAUAGCAUUAAACGUUUGUCAAUGCCGUUCAUGACUUGUUGCUAAUCUAAGCGUGCUUAACGCAGGUCGCAGAGCAUUAUUAGAAGAAAGUUCACAUUUAAUAUUAAUGAUUUAAGGUUUGUCAGCGUUAAUAUUGUGGUUUAAUUGUGAUUCCCAGUAUUUGUCUAUUGUUUCCCAUUUUAUAUAUUUAAUAUAGGCACAAAAAUUACGAAUUUAAUAAUUAUUCUAUGUCAGUAAUUCAUUACUCGGUUUUGUAGAAAAUUCAUUGGUCUUUAGGACUUCAAUGUAAAUAAAUUUAGUUUAGGUAUAAAUGCGAUGUCAGUGAGACUGUUUACACCAAUUAGGUUUAGCGUUUAGAAAAUGUUAAGAUGUUAAUGUCUUAUUCUAUAGGUAUGUAUUAUUCUGUAAGGUGUAUUCGGGUAUUACCGAAUGUCGGAUAAUUCCGAAAAUCAGAUGAAAAUCACCCUUAAUUCCAUCAUAAUAAAAGUCUCUUUUCGGAAUUAUCCGCCAGUUUUCGACAUUCGGAAUUACCCGAGUAAACCUUAUCUGUUUAUUUCCACCCAAAUACCUAAAUGGAGAAUUUUCAUAUUAUUUAAAAUAACUUACGUCAUUAUAAAUAAAUAAUUCUCAGUGUUACCUAAAAUUCACAUAUUUAAAGUUCUCUUUAUGAAAAUAGCGUGAAUUUAACAUAUAAAUUGCUAUUGAUAUCCAACAAAUCCAGUAUUUAGUGUAAUGUAAAUGUAGACUAUUGAAUUCCAAUUAUAGAUAUUUAAUGAUGUGCGGACGGUAAAUUUCGAAAAUUGCAAAAAUUUCCACAUUUUUAAUUUUGUCGAAACCAUACUACUUUUACAUAUUUUUUGUUAAGUUUCUAGAACAUUCCCAACUUAUUGGAUACCUUCCGUAAAUUACACAUAUCUGUAUUUCAAUGCUGCAAUUCAAUUUGAUUAUUUUAGCCCCAUGACUGCCCCAAUCAGUAUUGUAUGUCGUAAUACUUAUAAGUGACCUGCGUGUAUCUACUUAUUCCAUAACGACUACUUUGCGCACUAAAUCCUGUAAAUAAAUAUGUAAAAGCGAGUACAUUUGCAUAUUCCACUGUUGUUCGAGAGCUAGGUAAGAUGUACAUACUUAAUUCUUAGUGCCACCCAUUUUGGCUGGCAGUAAACCUUUAUCGUAAAACCCUGUUCGACUAUCCAUCAGUCGGUACUGAACUGAACGGUACCAUAGGUAUAGUCUGUAGAUUUGAAACAAGCCCCGACGGCUAAUCCUUUGUCUAUUCUUAAGUAAAACCGCGCGUGCUACUUACCUGCAAAAAAGGGUCUAAAUUAUUCCAUUUGCCACCGGAAUCAUCUCGAUGACACAUUUUAGACUGGUUCUGUAGCGUUCUACUCGCCGGCACUCAGUAACCGUAGUACUGAGUGCCAGCGAGUCAAAGCGACCACACACAGCCUAGAAAAAUAUUUUUUCCAUUAGUUCAUUUUGAAUCUUAUUGCAAUUUCCAUUGCUGUUAAAAAUAUACAGACUAUACUGAAAUACAAUUCGCAACCUAAUCCCUGUAAAUAUCUAAUAAAUCUAAUAAUUAAAUAUAAUUCAUGUUAAGUAACUGUUAAAUCAAAAAUAAUCGAGAGAAUACCAAUUUUAACUGAAUAGACCAUCUUAUUAAAAUGGUGACAUACAGUUCGCCACGGUUACUAUUGUUGAACUACUCGCGUCCGUGUACGAUGCUUGCCGCUGUCUGUAAAUCUACAAAUCAAUUGUAGGUAGACAACUUAGAGUGGGCACUAUGAAAUUUGUUUAUGUACUUACAUAAGCACUGUAAGCAUACCUAAGAGAAUAUUAAAUAUGCUACCUAAGUCUAAAAAAAUAUAUCUAUACGAAUUCAUAUGAUCGACGGCGAAUAGUUUUCAAAGAGAUAGAAAGGUAGUCACACAAUCACCCUUUCGUUUUCCAUUUACACUAGUAAUUUUGUCUACCUAUGUCGAAAGCAGUAUUGCAAUAGCGUCCGUCUGCUGGGGUCAGUCACAAUAAAAUGUAUAUGCGUGUUUAUUGUAGGAUUGCUGUUGAGUCGGUUACCUAGAUAGAUACAUGUAGUUAUUUAUUAAAAUAAAAGUUACGCUUAAACUACCUAUUACUAUAGGAUUAUUUUAAGACAUGUUGGCUGUGAGUAUUAAUCCGACAAGCAUUUUUGAAUGUUAGUGUGCUCUUGUGAGGUGUUUCUUAAUUGAAGUACAAUCUCUUAAUUGUAAGUAUGUAUAUAUAUAUAUUAUAUUUCACACAAAUUAUUUAUAUGAUUCUUAUGCGUAAGUCUAUCCAGUUUUAUUAUAUUUUAGUUCAAAAAAAGUAUAGUCCUGAGGCGCUUUUUACACUUGGGCAACUGUUAUAUUCUAGUCGACAACCCCAUGCUAAAACUAAAUUUUUGUCGACGUCGAAUUAGGUACUCGUAAUCGCUCCAGUGAAAAUACGUCUUUAAAUAUUGGUACCUACUACAAUUGCGUUACUAGUUGCGCCUCCUGAAACCAGAGGGGCCAGAGGACGCUUAUAUCUAAGCGUAUUGUAUUUGUCAUUAUGAAACAUUUCAACAUAUCUGAAAUAAUAAUUAAAAUACAUAAUAUCUAAGGUAAUAAAACAUCUUAACAUGGCAAUAGGUAAUAGCCGAGCCAGAUUAGAUAAGCAUCCGAGCAAGCUAUAGGCACACUAGUUGCGGUCGAAGUCAACAAUAGGUAAAUAUGUACAAAACAGUCAACAGUCUUAU